UUUUCUUUUUCAUUUUCCAUUUGCACAUUGUGUGAUUGUUGUGUUGACGCUGAACUGACUCAGUGCAGUCGGUGACAAAAACAAUUUACUGACCGCCACGACACGAGCGAACUCCGAACAGCCGGUGCAAAGUGCAAAUCGGAGGAUAAGUAUAGCUAGAUCUAGAUCUAGGUUACACGCGAACACGCUUAGCCGUUGCUGUGUUUAGUGUGCUACCAGAACACAUUUUUAUUGACAUUGUUCUUGUGUGUGCAGUGGCAGUGGCAAUCUCGACCUGCUAGAAUCUAGAGAUCAACACUAGACUAGACGUCUAGACCAGAUUCUAGACUUAGAUAUCUAAUCUAGAUCUAGACUCUAGAUCUAGAUAGAUCAAAGACAGACCUCUAGCUUAGACUCUAACCCUUUGCCUUCAACUUCAACUUCAACUUCAAGCCGGCCGUCAUGUCUGCAUUGAUCAUCCUCUUCCAUCUCAUUGUCUUCACUAUUGAUGCUGUUUCUCUUGUUUACGACAUUGGAUACAUUGACAUUGGACAUGCUGGGUUCGGUGGCAAGUUCAAAUUUCUCACGAUAUGGAACAUUUGUCUCCAAACAUUAUACUAUGGCUUGAGUCUGCUGAAAGAUUUGACAGAAGAAGAGGCAGGGCCAGCUGGACAGGCUAGACGGUCAACCCUACACAGAUGGAGGGACUCAUUUCUUACCAUAAUUGCCUUCCCCGUAGGCUCGUUUGUUGUGAUGACAUUCUGGGCGCUCUACGCCAUCGACAGAGAGCUGGUCUACCCGAAGAGGCUGGAUGGGAUUAUACCACCAUGGCUGAACCACACUCUUCACACAACCGUUCUACCGUUCUUGUUGAUAGAGAAAAGCCUCAUCUACCAUCAACACCCUAAGAAACAUGUGGGGAUUCUCGGAUCCUGUGGCCUCGCUCUCAUCUACCUGGCCUGGAUUUUGUUCAUCGCUUACUACGACAACUUCUGGGUAUAUCCAGUCCUUGAGGUUCUAGCAGCUCAUGAGAGGGCAGUGUUCAUCUUCGUCUGCCUCCUUUUCUUUGCUUCCCUCUAUAUAUUGGGAGAGUCCAUCACUACUUUUAACUGGAGAAAGGAACUCAGAGUGCUCAGAGUGGUGCAAAUCUCUCGCAAUAAAAAAGACUAAGGACUACAGCCUCCCCGAUCAUGGCAGGACAUAGACAACGCUUACAUAGACACCUGCAGGAGGACAAGUUUUCUUUCUGUUUUCAUCAUGUUGACAUCUACUUUAUCUCGGGGAUGUGAUAACGAGACAUGGACAUGAGUAAUGAUAGAUUGUUUCUGGAGACUCUCAAUAUGAAGCCAUACGUAUGCUGCACUUGUUUGUGUCAUGAGAAAGUUAAGUUUGUGUUUGUAUUCAGAUCUUUUGUGAAUGUUCUAUUAGAUUUAUUGUUCUGUAAAGUGUGUGUUUGUAUUCAGAUCUUUUAUGAAUGUUCUAUUUAUUGUUGCUCUGUUUCCCGUUGCUCCUGUUGGCUGUCUAAAUUGCUGAUUAAUAACUUGUUACUCUAUAUGUAUGGAACUGAGGUACACAUGUUCUUUCUAUUCACCAUGAUGUCUUCAGUAUGUGAUUGUAAAGACUUUCACUUUCAUCCAGAGAAUGUAUAGUGUACUGUUAUUACUUGUGUUUGAGGAACAGUCAGAGAAUUGGUUUAUCACUUUUU